CAUAUUCUUUGCUCUAGCUCCACACACAAACACGCACUCCUAAAGGCUGUGUCAUGGAAGAACAUAUCAACCUAGAGAGUGAUGCCGCUCAUGACAACUUGCUCAGCUCAUCUUCCACCACCACCACCACCUCGUCCUCUACAGCCUCUUCUUCGACAAAUUUUGGCACUACAACCAAGAAGAAUUCAGGUACAAACCAAAACUCAAAGAGUUCUCGGCCAAAAGGUUCAAGAAGAGCUCAAGACUUGGACAAUGAAGAAGAAGAAGAAGAUCAAGAAGAUAGGAAGCGGCCAAAGCGUGACAAUGAUGGCAAGCACCCCAUGUACCGUGGAGUAAGAAUGCGUGCAUGGGGCAAAUGGGUGUCUGAAAUCCGGGAGCCAAGGAAGAAAUCAAGAAUAUGGCUUGGAACAUACCCUACAGCCGAAAUGGCAGCUCGAGCCCAUGAUGUAGCAGCGCUUGCAAUCAAAGGUGGCUCUGCUUAUCUCAAUUUUCCUCAGUUGGCCAAAGAACUUCCUCGGCCAGCAAGCAAGUCUCCGAAGGACAUCCAAGCCGCCGCUGCCAAGGCGGCCGCUGCCACAGUUGUAGAGCCAAUACAUUGUGAAGAAUCCGAGCCAAUUCCAUCAAUCAAUCUGUCCAUGGACAACACACAAGAAUCGACGUGCUCACCUUCUCUUGAUGUGGAUGACACAUUGUUUGACCUUCCCGAUCUUUUCAUCGAUGGAACUGAUCAUCGAAGCGAUCACGGGCUCUGCUAUUAUUCAUCGUCGUGGCAGAUGUGUGCAAUUGAUACCGGGCUCCGGCUUGAAGAACCAUAUUCAUGGGAGUACUACUAGCUAGAGAAGGUAUGAACCUUGAAGUUCAUCAUGACGUGUAAUCACCGGUCACCGCGUUGUCUGUACAACAAGAAACCCCGAUGGGGAAAAAAGUCUUUUAAAGAUCAUCUAUGGGUUGGUUUUCAGUCUAGUGUACUGGCUCAGCUUGCAUUUGUAGCAGAGGUUCUCUUGUACGCUUGCAUUUGAACCAUUAAUAAGAAUGAGGGGUACUGUAAUAUAUCAGAAAUAGUACACAUAAUAAAUGAGAGUUAAUCUUUGAG